AUGCCUGAAGAAGGGGAGAAAGAGGAGAUGGUGACGCCGGGAGAGGUUCUGGGUAAAGCAGCUGAUUUGAAGGCUGGGAAAGGAGCUUACGUCGCUCCUUACCGCAGCUCUGAAAUCCCGUACGUCUUCUCUUCUCUCACCGGUCUCCGUCAUACUCUUACUCCUCCUUCCGACUCUCCCGACCAGAGACCAACGGUGGAGGUGAUUGGACACAAAGCCCGUGGUGCUGUUCCGGAGGCUGGUUCUGUUGUCAUUGCUCGAGUAACGAAAGUAAUGGCUAAAACCGCUUCUGCAGAUAUCAUGUGUGUUGGGACGAAGUCUGUCCGGGAGAAAUUUACAGGUGUUAUAAGGCAACAAGAUGUACGAGCAACUGAGAUAGACAAAGUGGAUAUGCAUCUGUCAUUUCGCCCGGGGGAUAUUGUCAGAGCAGUUGUGCUUUCCUUGGGAGAUGCGCGUGCUUAUUAUCUUUCAACUGCAAAAAACGAGUUGGGAGUUGUCUCUGCUAACAGCACUGCAGGCGAAACCAUGGUUCCAAUUAGUUGGAUGGAGAUGCAAUGCCCGUUGACACGACAAAUAGAGCAAAGAAAGGUAGCUAAAGUUGGAAGUUGA